AUGUAUGAUGCGCGGAAGGCUGCCUGCGAUACGACUCUGGUUCAGGCGACGGCAAACAUGGAACCGGUCGGUAGGAUUCAGAUGCGAACCCGACGCACCUUAAGGGGCCAUUUGGCUAAGAUUUAUGCCAUGCAUUGGGGAUCAGACUCGAGCAGAUAUUUGGUGUCUGCAUCACAAGACGGCAAACUGAUAGUAUGGGACGCCUACACCACUAACAAAGUUCACGCCAUUCCCCUGCGUUCGAGUUGGGUUAUGACCUGCGCUUACGCGCCUUCCGGUUCAUAUGUGGCGUGCGGUGGACUCGACAACAUCUGUUCCAUCUAUAGUCUCAAGACAAGGGAAGGCAAUGUCAGAGUGAGCCGAGAACUGCCCGGACAUACCGGCUAUCUGUCCUGUUGUCGCUUUCUCGACGACAACCAAAUAGUCACCAGUUCUGGAGAUAUGACCUGGUAUUACAUCCACAUAUUUAUAUCACAUUUAUUUGCUCUCUGGGAUAUAGAAACCGGUCAACAGUGCACAUCAUUCACUGGCCAUACGGGGGACGUAAUGUCGCUGUCAUUAGCACCAGAUAUGCGAACAUUCGUAUCCGGAGCCUGUGAUGCCUCCGCUAAGUUAUGGGACAUAAGGGACGGGACCUGCAAACAGACAUUUCCUGGACACGAGUCCGAUAUUAAUGCCGUUACGUUCUUCCCGAACGGUCACGCAUUCGCUACCGGUUCUGAUGACGCGACGUGUCGUCUCUUUGAUAUUCGCGCCGAUCAGGAGUUAGCCAUGUAUUCACACGACAAUAUCAUUUGUGGCAUCACUUCCGUUGCAUUUUCAAAGAGCGGCCGACUCUUACUCGCAGGUUAUGAUGACUUCAAUUGCAAUGUCUGGGACUCUAUGAAGGCCGAGCGCGCAGGAGUGCUCGCCGGACACGACAACCGAGUCAGUUGUUUGGGUGUGACAGAGGAUGGUAUGGCAGUGGCCACGGGUUCGUGGGAUAGUUUCCUAAAGAUCUGGAAUUAACAGCAGAUAAUCAUACUUUAGUUAUGACAAGAAUUACACAUUUUUUGAUCAAAUAUGAAGUGAAUGUUUCUAAAGUGUGUUUAACAUUAUGUGAAUGACUGGAAACCAUAACAAAACAAUUGGCGGUAUAUUUCAUCGAAUUCAACAAUUAAUAGACUUGUAUUCAGUUAUCAGUUCUUAUAAUAUUGUUUUUGAACUAAACAAAGGACUUGACUUCACUUUUUUGAUGUAAGCCUUUAAUACAGUUCAUCCUUUCGGAUGUACACGAAAUCCAUUUUAAAGCAAUUCUUAUAUAAUUAUUAUUAUACCAACAAAAUGGGCUAAAACUCAACUCUCAUUUCAUAAUCAAUUAAUUAAUUAUCCGUUUCUAUCAAAAAACAAGCGAAUCAUUGGAUCAGACUUUAAAUAAAUGUCAGUUUUAGUUGUGUUCGCCUCUCAUUGACUCAAAUACUGUAAAAAGAAAUUCAAUUAAUUGAAUUAAAUUGUGUUAAAGUUGUCACUCAUCAGCACAUCAUUGAAAUAUGCUUUGAAUGGAAGAUACAAUUGAAGAGAAGAGGAGAAGAAGUGAUUCACUGUUAAAACCAUUUUAGGAACUCUUUUGCAACUCUACUGCCAAUUCAACAAACAGUCUAACAGACGGACAGACAGAGUAUGUGUGCACUCAGUGGUGGUUUGGCUCCAAACUAUAUAAUUAGCUCAUUAUCUGCUCUCCAAAUGGAGUUGAGAUGUGGCGCACAGACACCAACACCACUGAGGAUGAAGACAUCCAUUUGAAUGUAUUGCACACUAACUGCUGGAACAGCAAUGAGAUGUUCUCAAGUUCUUUGGAUUUCAAUUGAUUUGAUUGUGUGACAAACAAUUCCUUAUUAUAUAUACAGUUUUGACACAAAUAAUUGCUAUUAUAUUGAAUUGCAAUUUAUUUACAUUUUAAGAAACAAAAAAACUAAACUUCAUUGAAAUUAAUUAUUUACUAGAAAUUUGUUAUUUUAAUUUUUAAAGACCAUUUAAUUGUGCCAUUCAUUUGAUCGACAUUAUUGUGUUAUAAACUCUUCAGUGAUUACAGUUAUGUCUUAUUUUGCAAAUUAUUUUAAGUAUUAUUUGUAUUAUUCGAGAGUAAAUGAAGAAAUUGAAUGAUUUGUUUUGCAACAACUGAUGACCAUUUGCUUCUCUAGUCAGUCAGUUCUCAGUUGUGUAAACCUUACGACCCGUUGAAGCCUUUUCUCAUCUAAUUCUAUGCACCCAUUCCUAACUUUCCCCCGUAUUUCCCACUCAUCUCUUUAUUUUAUGCUUUAAUUAAUAAAUGAUUUAUUAAAUUAAUUAUAAAAUGAAACCAAAAGACAAUAAUCGCACCAUUG